AUGACCUGCUUGGGUAUUAAUAAAUCGCUGGUGGAAGCUGAUAUAGAAACUUCUAAAGGGGGAGUGGGAGUCGGUGUACGGAUUUUCCCCCUAAAGGGGCUCAAGAUCACACGGAAAGCUGUAGCUGUCAGGACCUUGGCUCUCUGUAAUUAAUAAUAAUAAUAAUAAUUUAUUAUUUGUACCCCGCCCAUCUUGCUGGGUUUCCCCAGCCACUCUGGACGGCUUCCACAGAGACCAAAAAUACACUGUAGGGUGUCCUUCUGUGUAUAGGCUAUAAUUUUGGUCCACCGCGUCUGGGACUGAGACGCAAGAGGGUGAAACGAGCAGGAUCUGCUGGAGGCAAUAGGGGGCGACCCUGCAAGCCUUGGUGCUGCCACGGCACCGUCACAACCUACACUGCGGGGCUGUCGUAAGCCCCUCAUUCCCUUUGAUCUCCUCAAGCCGCCCUAUUCCCUGAGCCGCCAUGACACGCUCUGAAGGCUCUCACUCCCGCAAGGGAACUCGGAAAUCCAUCUCUGUGUGGGCGGGGGGGGGGGGAGCCAGACGCGAAACCCGAGCUGUCCGUUCUACUUUUUCCCCCCUUGCUAUAUCUCUGUGUUCCCAUCUGGCCCCCUCGCCACGUCCAGGUUCCGUGAGCGCGAGUGCUUCCGGUUCGCGCGGCGCGCGAGCUCCGGUCGCCGGGUUCUGCUUCCGGCGCGGCUGGUUCCUGGGACGCUCUCUUGGGGGUGAGGCGGGGCGGCUGCUCCUCUUUCUUCCUUGGGUCCGGCCGGCGCUCGGCGGAGCUGCGGGAGCCCCUAUGGGCGCAGUCCGCAAGUCUUCCAGAGCGGGGCGCCUUCUCCCCCUGCCCCGCCCCUCUCGGGCACCCCAAAGGCCGUGGGUGGCACUCGGGGGGUAAACAUGGCCAGCAAGGAGCGCCCCACAACCGCCCUCCCCAGCAACUCCAAGGGUCUGCUAGUGGAAGCGCGAGGCCCGGACCCUGCAGAGGGGGCGGCGGCGGCGGUGGUGGUAGAGGGGACCUAAUGCAACGCUCCAGACCUCCCUUCCGUGCACACCUGCUGGGAGCGUUUAGGACGCAGCCCUUGGUGCAGCAGGAGCCUGUCUGCGUCCCUUAACCUAUAUGAAUUGCGCAGCGCCUGCCGUUUUACGCAGAAAGGGGCGAGGAGCUUCCUCGAAGGGAAGCCCGCCGCCUGGCCCGGCUCCUUUCUCCAGUCCACGUGCACGUGGGGAAAAGCAAGUAACACCUAGUCAUGCCGCUGGAGGAUCUAGGCCAGUGUCGUCCACGGCCGGCUUGCAGCAGUGCUGCGGAGUUUCAGGCAAGAGGCUUUCCCAGCCCUGCCUCGAGAGGCCAGGGAUUGAAGCGUUCAAGGCACUAUGCUUCCGUUUCUGAGCUGCGGCUCCUUACUGAAGUGGAAGGCUGCAGUUGGCAGAGUUCUGGUCUCCGCACCUCUUAAAUAUGCAGGAGAUCCCCCCCCCCAUUAAGAGUUUGGUAAUUCUAGUGUUCUGAAACAAGGCAGCACACACGGUUUUUGGAAGCUUGCAGAUUAUCCAGUCAGGUGGCUGGUGUGGACAUGAGCAGGUAUCCCUUGGGAACUAGUGUCUAGUAAUGUAAUAUAUUACUGACUUAUGCAGCUUUUCCCUUUGCUGAAGUGUCUUGACAUAUCUUCCAAGUUCAUACAAUCUCUUCCAAAUUUAUACAAAAUGUCACAGAUGUGUGUGGACCACUAAUUUGUUCAGAAUGUAGCAGCAGUAUUUGUCUGGUUUUCCAAGUAGAAGUGAGAAGAAGUUAAAAUGUUAGAAUUCUCUUGACAAUCAUUUCUUCCUUCCCUAUAGGUAUAUUUUGAACAUAUGUUACAAAUAUGGCUGUCUCUCUUAUUAUAAAAUGGGGUGGGCAGGAAUUUUUGAUAACCACCUUGUCAGAAGAAGACACAGUGCUGGAUCUCAAGCAGUCCCUCAAAGGACUUACUGGAGUGCUCCCAGAGCGUCAAAAGCUUCUUGGACUUAAAGUAAAAGGUAAUAUUUAUAUCAUGCUCCACCUUUCUUUCACUGUUUAGUAGGGUUGCAGAAACAGACCUGGUUGUCAAAUUGGCCAGCUGCUAAGGCAUAUCUGCAUAUCUGUUGCCUUUUGUCCCAGAUCCACACUUUCUUCUUGCCUGGUCCAUGUGUUAAAAUGGUGGAGAGAAGACUGACUCCUACACUUGGGGUGGGUCAACUUAAGGCUUCCAUCGUCCUUAAUUUCCUUCUCUCUUUUUCUAGAAUGACCCACUCAUGUGCUAACACACACUUAACAAAGAAGAAUUGAGAAUCAGAAUAUUCAAAACUAAACUGUGUUAAAUGAUCCGAUGUGUGCAGGUGCCAAGGUUUUCCCCAGUCCAGAAUUUCUUGCAAGAAUUUAUUGCAGGCAUCAGGUUGGCCACUGUGAGAAUAGGAUUCAGCACACUUCUAAUGUUUUUUUAUGAAUAUCAGUAUGUAUUAGGUGACCUGCAAAAAAUAGGCUAGGGGUUCACUUUUUGUUGUUGACACUGCACUUCCAGGAGGGGGGUGGGAAGCAGAAAGAAAGAACGAACUCUGGAUUGUAACCAGGAAAGUCAUCCUGCUAGCAGAAAGACUUCUGUUUGCUCAGUGGGACUUCCUCUCUUUCUCUCUACAUGUGCCCAUGCUAAAUCUGUUCCAGUGGGUUGCAGGAACCCCUAGAACACAUUUGGGGAGGGGAAGGAGAAUAAGUUACAUCAGGGAGCAGGAUAGAAAAUCUUACUCUAGGUUGCCAAUAUCAUAUUAUACACGUCUACUCAGAAGUAACACUCAUUGAUCUCAGUGGAAUUAACUCGCAGGAGAGUGUGCAUAGGAUUGUAGCCUAAGAUCAUAAGUUAGUAUUUUAAAAUACAAAUCAGGUGAAAGGAGAAAGAAACAGCUGCAGAGGAAAUCACUCAUUUUUGCUGAGGAAGCUGUAAUCUGUUUAUAUUGCAGGCAAGCCAGCAGACAAUGAUGUUAAGCUUGGAUCACUAAAAUUGAAACCAAAUACUAAAAUCAUGAUGAUGGGGACUCGUGAGGAAAGCUUGGUAAAAUACAUUUUUCUAUUUAAAACACACAAAAACUAAUAAUUACGGAAAACAUGAUUAUAAUAAAUACAUGUAAUUGCCUAGAAAUAAUGUAGGGUUCAUGUGUAUGUCUGAGAACAAGCAGUGUAAUUAAUUUUCUGAUUAAAUGUUAACUGACAAAAAGUUGUUCAAGCCAGAGAUUGGCCUGUAUGUGGUGUGAACUGAAGGUGUUCCAGGAGGGGUACUCAAAUCGUGAUUGCAGGUUUCCCACAGCAUCUGGUUGGCUGCCAAGAGCAGGAUGUUGGACUAUAUGGGCCAUUGGUCUGAUCCAGCAGGCUCUUCUUACCUUCUUAAAUUCCUUUAACCAAUUGAUUUUCUACCCUCUUGCCACCAAAAUAACUGCAUUCUUCCAAAGCCGCCAAGAAUGUAUAGGUUGUUCACAUUUUCUUAAUUUGUUUCAUCACUGAUUCCUCAUGUUUAUAUUUUCCAUUUUUGUGGGCUGUCAACUUGAUCAGCCACUUUAUUCUCUUUAUGUAUCCUCUUUAAAAAGUAUCCAAAUGCUGCUUUAAGCAGUGUGUGAUGUUUAAUUCUGAAUGUUGCUCUUUGUUUAGACAAUGCCUUGGCAAAAAGCAAAAGUACUUUUGAAGGGCAGGGGAUGGAAGCAGAAGUAUAUCUCACUUUGUUUUUCUGUACAAGAACUUUCAAAUACAGCCGUACCUUGGAUCCUGAACUCCCUGGAACUCAAAUGUUUUGACUCCUGAACGCCGCAAACCUGGAAGUGAUUGUUCUGGUUUGCGAACAUUCUUUUGGAACCCGAACAUCCAACGGGGCUUCCGCAGCUUCAGACUGGCUGCAGGAUCUUCCUGCGGCCAUUCAGUAGACGCAAUUUGGUUUUUGAACGUUUUGGAAGUCGAACGGACUUCCAGAAUGGAUUCCAUUCGACUUCCAAGGUACGAUUGUAAUAAAAUAAGUUUUUGGUGUUUUACUUUUGUUGUAGGAAGAUGUCCUUGGGCCACCGCCUGAUAAUGAAGAUGUAGUCAAUGAUUUUGACAUUGAAGAGGAAGUGGUUGAAGUCGAGAAUAGGUGAGUUUGUUGCUGAAUAGAGAAAUAAUUGGCUGGCUUAUCAAUAUGCAACAGCUGCAUGUCAUUUAUAUUGUUUGUUUUUAGGGAAGAGAAUCUGCUGAAAAUCUCCCGCAGAGUUAAGGAGUAUAAAGUGGAAAUAUUGAACCCUCCGCGAGAAGGGAAGAAAUUGUUGGUCCUGGAUGUUGAUUAUACCCUGUUUGGUAAGUAAUAUACUUCAUUUUCAAGACAUAUUUCAAGACAUUGGUACCUGCUGAUUUCAUGGUUCUUGGCAGCAGACCAGAGAGUUGCUCUCUGGGUAUAGGUAGGUUUAUUUGGGUUCCAGUGCAGUCCUGGGUGCUAUGCUCCCUUGAAUGGAGUGUAGGUGUAUGCCAGAGCACAGGUAAGGAGAAAAGAUGCUGACAUUCAAAUAAGGUUUUAAAUGACUAAUAUGAACUGGCUGACUUUCUUCUAGACCAUAGAUCAUGUGCAGAGACUGGGCUUGAGCUGAUGAGGCCGUAUCUGCAUGAAUUCCUGACAUCUGCAUACGAAGACUAUGAUAUUGUAAUUUGGUGUAAGUUACUUACUUCACAAAUUGAAAGUGUUUUCAUUAUGCCUAGAGAUGCAUUGCCACUUGUGACGUAGGGAUCUCUGCUGGAGAUGUUGUGGACUUGAUCUGCAUCUUUUACGCAGUGCUUGAUGCCGAACCUUUCUGUUGUAUUACAUCUCUCAAGCCAGCAAUCAUGAGAGGUAGUUUAAUGGAGGCUUUAGCCCUUGUGGGACAGUCAGCACAGAACCCCUGUGUGAACGAAAAUCAAUACUUGAUUUAAAAUACCCUCCUGAACAGCUUGAUAAAAUACUCUCUGGGGCAAGUACUCUGAUUCAGAAAAUGGGUUAUGAAUCCCUGUUGGUCGUAAACAUGGGCUAGGAUCCAAAGACCUACUUAGGUAAUCCAAAGCCUUGGGGAUGCCUAGAAGAGUGAUUGUGAAACUUUGCCUUGCUUUAAAUGAAGUUUGUCAUCCUGCAUUGGGACUGUGUGUGCUACUGUAGGAGAAGUUCAAAUCAAAGUCUCCCUUGAGUGUUCAGAACUCGUUGCAUGGUCCCUAGGAUCUAGGACAUGAGAAGGAAAACACACAAUGCCAGCUGUUGAACCACUUUAUUUGACACUUCCCAUUUGUUUGUGUUCUUGUUGUCCAGAAGUAGAUCUAUGCUCCCCUUUUCUCCACCUUGUGUCAAAUUGAGUGGCUGAGCAAAGUAAUGCUGUAUUGCACCCCCAUUGUAUUUUAAAAGCUUUUUCUUGUUUAUAUAUUAAACAUGAUGUGCUUUUCGUUUCGGCAUCUUUACAGUAGCUCACACUUAAAACGAGCCCCAAGGUAUCCAGAUACCUAAGAAAAGCAGAGCUCAGAUAAAUAGGAAUACACACUGUUACAGUGACUUGGUGGUAGCAUUGGGAUUAGAGAGUGACUCCCUGGGCAGAUUCAUGCAAUUGUUGGAUGAGCUGCUUGCCACGAAUAUGCGAAUGCAGGUGAAACUGAAAAACAGUUCAGAUGAGAGGGACUUGCUGCAUUGAAAACUAAUUUGGAGCCUGCAUUCAUGAAUAAUUAGCUAAUACCCAGAACAGGAUAACACGGUAUUAAAAGAUGCCUUGAAAAUACUUCACUUGAAAAUAAUUUGUUUAUUCCCUUUCAGCUGCUACCAAUAUGAAGUGGAUUGAAGCUAAAAUGAAAGUAAGCCUGAUGUGUAAGCUUGUGUGUGUUUUCAUUUUCUUGUGUUUUAGAAUGUUUUUUGUGUGAUCUGCUUCACAAAAUGAUUCAUAGUAUUUUAGUCAUAGCUUGGAACUCGGUUACAAGUGCUAAAAUUGGCAUGAUUAAUACUGUGGCUUUGGCCCUAAGUUCCCAUGAAUGCCUCCCUCCUCUAGUGGGGUGCUCCUACUGGUGACAUGCAGAAGAAGAGGCAAAUUAUAGGAGAUUGGUAAACUACAGCAGGGGAUGAGCCAGUGUGCAAAAUGUCCUUAGAUAUUGUUUUUCAUUGCAGGAGCUGGGAGUGAGCACCAAUGCAAACUACAAGAUAACCUUCAUGCUGGAUAGUGCGGCCAUGAUAACUGUGCACACACCAAGACGAGGAUUAAUUGAUGUAAGUGUCCUCUCACCAACCUCUUUUUUCAAGGCAGGAGCACCCACCCAUCAGCACCCUGUUCUAAAGAUCAGUGUAUACAAUUCAGAUUUCAGUACAGUCGUACCUUGGAAGUCGAACGUUCAGAAACCAAAGCGCAGCUUCUGAUUAGCUGCAGGAAGCUCCUGCAGCCAGUCGGAAGCUGCAUCAGCCCCGUCGGACAUUCGGCUUCCAAAAAUAGUUUGCAAACCGGAACAGUCACUUCCGGGUUUGCGGCAUUCGGGAGCCAAAACGUUCGAGAACUAAGCUGUUCGAAAACCAAGGUACGACUGUAUGUUAAAAUAGAAUAGGUUCAUCACACUAAGAGCAACAGUUCUAAGAAACCUGACUGGCUUUUUGCCACCUGUUGAAGACUCCUCUUUCAACAAACCUUCCAGAUAUUUUUAUCCCAAUUGAUAUCUGCACUCGAUUUGAAAUAGUUUUUAUAUAUGCAAUUGUUAUAUGGGUUUAUUGAAUUGUGAAAUUGCUUUGAGUCACUCCAUAGGAAGUGGUUCUUACACAAAAUUAAGAAGUAAGCAUGCCCAAGCCAUACAUAUAAAAGAAAUACAGCUUGGCUUGCUUGCUGUGCUGGCUGGAGAAACAAGGACUUCCUGCACCAGAAUAAGUUGUAUCCAGUGAAGUUCUCCUGUUUACUCAAGAGCUUCUCCCAAUGCUACAGGACUUUCUCCCUUCUUCCUGGGUGCUCCCACACCUGCUCCCAAAUCUGUUCUGUGGUUUUCCCCGUUCUUCAGGAGCACAUUUCUGCAAAUAAUCUUUAUACAGUAAAAGCAGAAUACUGAUGGUAAAUUCUGUUGUUGAAAUGCUGUUUCACUUGAGGUUUUCUUACAACUUUACAUCUACAGGUGAAACCCUUGGGUGUCAUAUGGGGCAAAUUUUCAGAGUUUUACAGCAAGAAAAAUACUAUUAUGUUUGAUGACAUUGGACGAAAUUUUCUUAUGAACCCACAAAACGGACUAAAGGUAAUGUUUAGCAUUCUUUUAUAAAUGCCAGCUUACCUAGUACGGGGUGUUAGGGGAGGGGUAAUACGUCUGGUAGGGGAGAAGUUGUGCUCCUUCUGGGGUUGUUUAUCCACCUUCGCUCCGCACUCAACUCUCACCUGUGGCUCCUUUAAGCUGUUGGCAUGUGACAGUGCCCACAGCCCAGCUAAUGUCUUGACUGGCUGGCUAAACCAGGUGAGGUAGCCAAUGGGUCUCAAACCCUAGGUGAGUUAGGGACUUCCCCUGCAUAUGAAGACAGGCUGUGGCCGAUUGAGUGGAUGAGACUGAUAGUGGGUCCAUUCUCUCUCGAGAUAGACGGAUGCCAACAGCCUAGAGGAAGAAAACUCAAGUGGGUUGAAAUUUGGGAAAUGGUGCCAAUGCAAUGGGUCUUUGAUCCUGUUUGCACUACUGCUGGUAGGGUGGCAGGUCACUGUUGUACCAACAUGCCAGUAUCUGUAUCUUGAUUGCAGCACUUCCCACAUUGUUGUAUGGAAAGAAUUACUCUUCGAAUGAAUAUUUUCUGUUGGUUGUGCUGACCAUCCCUUUCUUCACAGCUCCAUGCACACAUUUCAGCUUUUGGAUUUCAGCCAUUAUUUGGAAUUGCUUUGACCUUGGAAUUUGUGCCACUCACCCUUUGGGAUUAUCAUAUAUUUGUGAUCUUAGAUCAUCCUCCAAGGAGCUGAGAGCCAAUGUUUCUGGCUUCACAAUCAGCCUAUAAGGCAGCUUAAACUGAGAGAGCCUGACUUUCCAAAGAUACUAGAUAAAGUUAAAAGCCAAGUUAGUGUUUGAAUUUCUCUUAUUCAGCUCUGCCACUCUGGCCACUGCACCACAUCGUUCCUAUGAUAAAGCACUCAUAAUAGCUACAAUGGUCUUUGGAAGCUUCCCCACCCUAUCCCCCGCCAUGCCCCAGUGCAUGUGAACACAAGAUGUUUUGUAGUGAUCUGGCAGCUGCUUAUCAAAGUUUUGAUGUGGGGGUAUUUAAGAGAGCUAGAAAUAAAUUGUCUGCAAAAAUGUAGGCAAUUUGUUCUUUAGUACCUAGACUAAAGGUAUAAUGUAAAAUAAUGGAAAUUUGAAGACAUAGUGUUUAGCAUUCAUACUAUAAGGUGCUUAGGGUGUGUCCAAAGCAUUUCACAUUAUCUCAGUAGUUGAUUCCUGCCAGGUAGUACUGUCAUCCCCAUAUUGCAGGCAGACAUGUGCUUACAUAACCACUUGUCUAAGGCCAUUCAGUCAGUUGAUGACAGGCAAGAGUUAAAUAAGGAGCUUCGCAUCUCAGUCUCUUACUGAGGAGCCCUGUGUAUGCCUGCUCAGACAUAGGUCCCCAUUUAGGCCAAUAGAACUUGCUCCAUAGCAUCUUAACUGCUAUUCUGCAGUGGCCUUCCUAUUUAUACCAUUGUGUUGCCAAUGGUAAGUAUUUUCCCUUUUUAUGACAUCAGUGGGCAUAUACAAGGUGGCAGCAGAAUAUUGUUGCUUUUGCUGUAACGCACCAGUGGCAGAGGCCUCUGUAGGGACCUGUCAGAAGUAUUACAGACCACGAGAGAAAUGUGGCCUGAAUGAACUGAAGGGACAGGAUGUACCCAUUCUGAAAUGACUGUCAACAAAGUUACAUGUCAGUGUCUCUUCUUUUUCUGCCCCUGCCUCCCAAACAUCUCGGUGUUUUUGGAAAAUGUUUGUCCUGGAAAAGACAUCUGGCUCUUGUGGUACAAGCGUUGCCCUUUGUAAAGUCUCUCUGCUUCUUGAGAAAUGGUGACAGAUGAGUGGAAAUUGCUUUAAAAGUGCUGUUCAACUAGAUGGAGGCUUGAUGGAGUGCACUGCUGACAGAGCGGUAUCAUUGCCUCCCCCUGGGAAAAGAGAGCCGGUGUGCUGCAGCUCAGACUUUUAUUGACAGCAAGACAAAUUGGAGGUGACCGUUUAUGAGAAAUGCUGCUGUAAAAGGAAUCGAGAUCAGAUGUUCUACCAGAGGCAACAGAAUUUAAUCAGCCAUUCCACAUGGGAUUAACUUAUUGUCCGCAGGCCUUUGAUAAAUGUGACAAGUGGUGCUUGGAAUGAGCUUUAGAAGCCUCUCAGAAGGACGUGGUCCCCACUGUAGACUACUGUGACAAAGAUAACAGCAAUUGUCUUUCCAGCUUAGUUUUUGUGUACCUAGCAAAUUAAGUAUGCACAGAGUGCUCUUUAUUUCCUUUUGGACAGAGUUCUGGGAUAAACUGAAGCCUGAAACAAUGUGCUGUCUGGCAGAGCGCAUGCUUUGCUUAUGGAAUGACCCAAUUCAGUCCCUGCCAUCUCCAGUCAAAAGGGUCUUGGGUGGUAGUGCUGUGGAAGAGUGCUGCCCUGGCUUUUGGCAGCCAUUGCCACUCAAGAGUAGAUAAUAGAGGUUAUGCUGCAGUUUUGGCCUCUCUUACCUUGGAGUAAGCACCAUUGAAUUCAGUAAGACUUCUGAGUAUACACGGUUAGGAUUUUUGCUGUUAGCUCAGCAUAUUGUAUUAAUUUACAUGGCCCUUAACAACUUUGGUUCAGGAUACCUUAAGGACUGACUGUUUCCUUAUAUCUCUGCCUGAUCCCUGAGAUUUUCAUGGGAGUCUCUGUUGGUGAUCCCCAUGAUGCAGAUGCAUGCCUCAUAUCGACCAGGAGCUAUGCACCCAGUAGUGUAGUUCCAACUGUGGAACUCCCUCCCAGAUGAGAUAAUAGCAGUCCUCCUCUCCCUAUUGAAUUUCAGACACUUGAUGACCUUUCUAUCCCAGCAUGUUUUUGAUUGCCAUGUGAGUCCUAUUUUACUUUUUUUUAGCUGCUGUUGUUAUUUUAAGCUUCUUAUUAUAUGACAAGUGCAUUUGUUUAUUGAUCUGCAAACUGCUUAGAAGCCUUCAUCUGUGGUGAAAAUAAGAAGUUAUGAGCGUAUCACACUUUCUGAUACCCUUAUAAUUUCUAAGAUUUCAGGUUGGGGUCUUAGCAUGUAACUAAGCUGAAGUAUGUAGAACUGAGACAAUCACAUAUUCCUCCCCUGUCCUCUUCUUCUGUUUCCCUUUUGUCACAUUUUCAGUUGUAAGCUCCUCGGGGCAGAGGGCCAGGUUCUUGUACUCUGUAAAUAGAUAACUAGAUAGAUAGUAAUCUUAAUGGAGGAUGCCUGGGAUUAGAUCUUAGAUCUUCUGCACCCAAAGUGUGUGAUCUAUUACUGGGUAAAAGGCAUACCUGUUGCCUUUGUAGCUUUAAAGUUUGCUGUGUAAAUUUCACUAACUGUCGUAUUAGUGAUUAGUCACAGUCAAGCUUCCAAUCAGGGUACUUGACAGGGUACUCACCAUUUUCUAUUGGGAAACAGCAGUUGACAGUGCUGAGUGGGUUUUUUAGUGGAUGAUGAAUGCAUGGUGCGUAUUUUCUUUCUGCAAUGGGAGACUGUAUUCUUAAGACUGGAAGAAACACCAUUCUUUGUAUAUAGGCCCCAGAAGAGAGGGCUGCAUCUGGGAGACUGCCUUCCUUCCUGGCAAGCGAGAUCAAGAGAAGCCAGCCCUGCUUCGUAGAAACACAGCACAGUGCUUAUGAUGAUGGCAGGGAGAGGAGUAGAAUGUCAUGUAGAGGUUGAUGCUGGAGGACUGGAGGUGCUGGCAGCAGUGGAUUAGGAGGUGGGAGGGAAAGAAGCAAGAUCUGCAGGUGUGAAGUGAGACCACUUCUCACCACCCUCUAACUUUUUAAAUGUGUGGCCAUACUGAUGCAUCUGCCCAUGGCUACACUGCAGUAGAAAAAUUACAUGUUUUACUUUUAGAGUGGCUUUGCAUUUAGGUGACACUCUAUGAAUAAUUGUACGUGAAUAGUCAUCUUCAUGUUUCCCCAUAUAAUAAUCUCCUUGUAUAAUAUAUAGAAGCCGUAAUGUAAAUUCUCAAAAUACAGCUUGCCUGUGUUGUGAGUUCAUGUUCACAUGGAGGCCUGAUUGGCUCUUUGAAGUAAAAAGAGCUUUUGCUAGUUUGUUUUUAGCAGUAAGUAUCCUGCAACAAGGAGAAUGUUGCCCUUGAGUUCAGCAGCUGCUAUGCUGCGAUGGAUGUUGCUAGAAGCAACUCAGUAGUUCAUAAAAACAUUAUUUGCAAAUACUCUGAAAGGUUGAUUGUUUGAGCUACUGUGUGGAUAUGAGUAGGACAUGGGGGAAGGACAAAGUCCAUUUGCAAAUAAUACUUUGGGCUUUUAGAGUACAUUGCAGGUCUCUGCAAGAAGGGAGGGAUGGAGCCUGCCUGGCAAGUAGAAUGGAACCAGCGAACUGAACCAAAGGGUCAGGUUCUUAGACAGGUUCUUGCAAUAUUAUCUGCUCAACAAAUGCUAGCAUGUUAAGUUUGGGUAUGUUCUCUAUUUUUCUCUUUAAGAUACGUAUCAUUUACACCUGGUUUCUUUCUCAACAGAUAAAACCCUUCAUGAAAGCACAUUUAAACAGAGAUAAGGAUAAAGAGCUUCUAAAACUUACUCAGUAUCUCAAGGAAAUAGCAAAAUUAGACGACUUUUUGGAGUUGAACCACAAACACUGGGAAAGGUAAGGAUGAAAUGCUGUUCUUGUUCAGCAUUGUGCUUCAACAGUAUCAAAUUUCGCUUCCUGCUGGCCCAAUCUGAACUGAUAGCAACUCCAUUAGCAGAGGUGCCUGAAUUAGUGUUGGUUCAAUUUGUUAGCAAUUUUGUGUACGACUUUUUCAUAUGCAGAUGUUUAGGAAAGUGACAAAGACAAUACCAUAGCAGGGUGGGAUCACCAUAAAAACACAGUAGCCAGUAUGUCUGCAACCAGGGUUUCCCUAGUUACAUAUAAAACAAAUAGUCCCAAUGACCUUGGUGGAAUCUACUGCUGACUCAGGCUAGAGAAGUCUGUGCGUCUCAAAAUUCUGCUAACUGCAUGCAUUGUACGUGGCUUGGCAGUCUUGGCUCUGUACUUGAGAUUUAACUGCAGUUGACUCCAAUGAAAAUGCAUACCAAGCAUUUUCACUUGGAGAAGGAGCUAACAUUAAGGCAUUUUCCUUGAGAACUGGACCAUAGCUCCUCCUUCAGUCAGAAUGAUUCUAAACUUUGGACCACCAAAGUUUCUGUUCCUUUUCCCAUUUUGGUGUGAAGGAUUUGACCUUAGGGAUCUCGGUUAGAUCUCUGUAUUCUUAUGUAUAGCUAAAAGGUUAAGGUAAAGGACCGCCGGACGGUUAAGGUAAACGGCGUUUCCGUGCGCUCUGGCUUCUGCCACAGUGUUCCAUUGUACCAGUCAGGCGGGCCACAUUAUUAUGUAUGCAGGAGGGUUGAAUUGUGAACCAGCUCUACUUUUUAAAGUCUCUUUAUAGGUGGAGUGUGCAACAUUUUUACUUUAGAGCAGGUGUGCCUGACAUAAAGUAAUGCAGCCUUCUCCAUCCCUGCAGGUGAUGUUAAGGCUCCAACUCCCAUCAAACCCAGCUAGCAUGGCCAAUAGACAGGAGUGAUGGGAGGUGUAGUAUAAAAGACCAGGUUGGAGAAGGCUUUGUGAAUAGACGAACCAUUCAGGACUAUGAAACCAGCACUAGGCUGUAGUUUGGAAGGCAUCUGUACUAUCGGCAAGGGGUUGAUCUUUUGAGUCCUGCAAACCGACUGGUGUUCAGUCCAGAUCUAUGUGCUGUGUUCGCUCUCAAGAUCACCUCCUGAUAAAUUUUAUAUUUACUUCAACAUUUAUUUGUUGGAAGCUCAGAAAUUAGAGGCAAGAAGUUGCUAUUGGUCAGUAGACAUUAAAAGUGCAUCUGGGGUAAUCGGCUGUAGAUGUGUGACUCACACCUGCUCUGCAAAGCAAUAUUAUCUGGACUUGAUGGUUCUAGCACAUUUUAAUCAGGCUGUGGUUAGAAAAUGCCUAGCAUUUCACUCAAAGUCGUGAGUGUGAGCAUCCACAUUCAUCUUACAAUGUACUUUCCUAUGCCACAGUUGCUAAAGUAACUGAUAACUCCUGAUAACACAUGCACAGGGCAUGAAUCUGAGCAAUUUGGACGUGAUUUAGACACUUUAAUAAUUUGCCCUCUUUUUGAGUGCAUGCUGCUUUCCCCCACCAGCUAUAAAUUUCAGAAUGCUAUUUAGACAUCUCAGUCAAGAUCUUUUGAGAGAAUUUUUUUAUGCCCAAAGGUUUGUUUUACUGGUUGGAUCUUAACAACAAAUGAAAGAUUUGUGCUGAUAUUUUAGAAUAUUAAUAUGUGCUACUGCUGAAAAAUGCUCUCUUAAAAUUCUAGGGCAUAUGAGCAGUGCAUAUUGCCUAACUCUUUUUAUAAUUGAUUUAUUUACUCCUGCUACCCAUCAAGACUACAACUAUUUCAGUAGAGGAGGUGCUGAAAGAUGAAGAAGUAAACUAGGAUAGUACUAUGAAUGCUUUCAGAACAUCAAGAAUCUAUUGUACCAGUAAUUCCAUAUGUUUUAAAUGCACACCAUUGUAUAUGGCCCUGUGUAUGUCGAAUCCUAUUAUAAAUGUUUUAUUUUUGGCUUUUUCUUCAGGUACCUUUCAAAGAAACAAGGACAGUAG